GAAGAGGCUCUAUGUGGUUAUUAUCUCUUUGGGGAUCCUGAGUGUUGGCCUCCUUACUGGACUCAUCAGCCUUGGUUUCCACACUCAUGCAUUAUCCAGCUCGGCAGCAGGUCUCUGUGAUACGAAAGACAAUCUGACUGAUCGUCUCCAGGCCAGCAAUGACCAACUUUCUGUCAUGACUAAAGAAAGAGACCAGUUGAAUGCAAACCUCUUGGAAAUGUCUAAUGAAGUGACCAGGCUUCAGAGUUUGUUGAAGAAAAAGAGAACCUGUCCUGCAGACUGGAGCAUGUUCAGCGGUUCUUGUUAUCUCCUCUCUACAAAGUCUGGCACUUGGGAUGAAGGCAGAAAGGACUGCAAGGACAAAGGGGGAGAUUUGGUGGUGAUAGACGACGAUGAAGAACAGAAAUUUGUUUUUACCCUUACUCGGUGGUCAACAUGGAUUGGUUUGACUGAUCGAGAAACGGAGGGAUCCUGGAAGUGGGUUGAUGGYACUCCUCUGAGUUCUGAGUAAGUUUUUCCUUUUUUAGAUUAAUCCUGACUGUGACCCAGAAUGGGAUUGUUUUACWUUAGUUUGUACCAAGGC